AUAUCUGUAAAUAUAACCUAGCUCUUUUUUUUUGUUAAAAUCUUUUUUUGAAUUUACUUUAUAAAAGAAAAAACUCAUAUUUGCUAUCGAGCAACAGCUGUUUUUGAUGCAAUGCUUGCCUUUUUAGAGGCUGACAACUCUACUAAUCCAAAACGCAACUUUAUGUUUUGAUCAGUUUUAUUCGAUUUAAAUAAAGUUAUUAAAAAUGAGCGCCAGCUCUGGAGGGUCCUGGAUCAACGCCAUCUACGAUGAAGUGGCCCUGGAGGGCUUGGAGGGGGUGACAUUGCCCUAUCUCUGGGACCUGCUGGCCAGGCGCCUGGAGUUUGCUCCUUCCCCAUUGCCCGAUCGCAUUCGGGAGCAGGUGUGGACAUUGCUGCUCUGCACACCGCCCCACAAGAUCGAGUUCUUUGAGCUACCGGCAGAGCGACCCCUGAUGCCCUACUAUGAUCGCCUCAACGACAUGGACGAAAAGCUGGGCAUGCCCGUUGUGCCUGAGCAGUGUCCCUUCCUGUUGUAUCCGCCCGCCUACGUGCAAGAGGACGGCGUUAUGGGUAACUGCAAUGACUUCAAGACCCGCAAACCAAUCCCGGCGAGCGAUCUGCAGGCCUUAAAUGCUGCUCAAGCCACUGAACAGUGGGCUGGCAGGCUUGUCGUAGUGGCCUCCCAGGAACUGCGAGAAACGGCACUGACCCCUAAUAACCUAAUGUUGCCCCAGCGUCUGCCGCUACCUAACUUUAUCUUUCUGGAGGCUAUCGGACGGAUGCGCUACAGCGGACACACCACCGGAGGCCCUUGGUCGCUAAUGAACUACAGCAAAGACACUGGAAUUCUUUUCUAUAUCAAAAACAAACUGAUCAACCUUCAGUUGGUCAUCGCCCAGAACUAUAACGAAAUCAACAAGGGUCGCUUUUUGGUCUCAUCACUGCUAAUGCUACCGCGCUUUUACCGAAUCUACAAAAACCACUCGCAGGAGAACCUCGAGAAGCUGUACCUGGAGAUAAUGCGGACCAGCAGCCGCCAAGUACCCGUCUCCGAGUUAACAGAACUGCUGGGGCGUCCCACCCAUUUCAAGCCGAAGAAGCUGCUGGUAACACACGCCUUUCGCAAGUUCUUCGAGACCAAGCAAGUGGAGAAAGCCAUCAAUGCGCUUACCAAGUCGGGAAAGCAGUCCAAGUCGACCACACGCAAAGUGACUGUUAUACAGCUCCGCAAUCCAGAUAUGCAACUAGAGGACCUGUACAAGAACGAUGAAAGCGAGGAGAAUCAGGUGUCUGAGUUCCUGGAUGUGGGCCAUUGCUACUUAGACAUGCCUCCGGAGGAGGAGGUAGUCCGGGCCGUGGCCAGAUUUGGCAAACGUGGCCUCAACAGCACCGAAUUGUGUCACUACACGGGUAUCAACGCCAAUUCCAUGCGCCACUUCGUCAAGCGAAUGAAUAAAGAUGGCCUGGUCAAGGAGUACUCGGAGCAGGUGGGAAAAAGCCGUCAAUUCCGUUUCGUGGCCAAAGAGCAUUUAGGGGACCUCACGAAAGAAGACGAGAUCAAGAAAAAGAAGCAAGAGAUCAAGUGCGAGGAUGAGCCGAAUAUUACCGAAAACACUGAAAUCACCCUGAAGGAUAUGCCCGAGAUCGUGAUGAAUGCUCGACCCAUAGCGUUCAAAUUAAAAAAGAGCAGAACGACCAACCAGACGCAGCGCCAAAUAAGUCGCCAGAAAUGUAUUAUACGCCAGAUCGACCAGCACUGUCUAGUGCCCCUACACCGGCUGCAAAAGAACCUUCAGGAGGAGGAGCGCCGGACAGGUUUCAAGGACAGCUUGUGUCGUCGUUCGUUGCUGCGCCUGCUACGUCCUUUGGUCGAAGACCAUGUUAUAAACGUGUUCGAGAUCACCCUUCAUUACCAGCAACGAGUUCGCAUCUACCGCUUCGCCACCCACCCGAAAAUCGGACUUGACCACGUGGUCAUGAAGCGCGAGAUCCUCAAGCUCAAGAGCAACUUCCAUUUGCUUACCGAAGAGCGGAUGAAAAGACCAUCGCAGCUGCAUCCCAGGGAACGCAAGGAGGUUCUGGCACGUCGAAAACUUGUGCCAGAGCGUCCAAUUGUGGUGUGCAAGACACAGGCUCCCAAGCUGCUGCUGGCAAGGACUUUGCACGAGUUCCUCUACUAUCUGUACCACCAGCUUUCGCUGAAUCAAAAGCCCCUUCCCAUGACCACCGAAUUAGUACAGAAGUGGCAAAAGUCGGAGCCAGCGCUACAGCCUCGCCAGUUUCUCGACGAGUGGCAGGCGGAGGCCGAUACCGUCCCGCCCUAUACCGAAGACAUUAGCUGGCGCACCUUUAUCCCACCUCUACCGCGAUACGAGGACAAACCAUCCGGCUGGCUGUACUUCAUGGACGCCAUGGACCGAAUGCCGCUCUCCCUGUUUCUACGCAUAUGCCGCAUUGAACGCGAAGCCAGCGAGGAGUUGCGUGUACAGCUGCAGCAUCCCAUCCGCCAGCAUUACCUUCUUUCCCAGCUCAAAUUGGAUACUAUUGUGCCACGUCUGAAGUUGCAGCAGCUCUACGUGGGCACUCUGCGGCUACUGAACAACAUGGGUCUGAUCCAGGUAAGCGAGCAAAAGCUGGGUCGCGACUCACUGCAUCGAUGGGUGUUCCUGAAUCAGCGCACCCGCCUACUGGAUACCACUUCCAGUACUGAGCACAAUUACAUGCAGGUCAGCGCCGAUCGCUCGUACACACAGCUCAACUUUGAGUUCUUCAAUGCAGAACAAGUAGGUAACUACUGGGCCAAACUGCAGCACAUCUGCAUCUACACAAAGCUGGGAUACCGCAAAACUUUAAGCUCGCAGAGGAAGCUACCGGCGCGCCUAAAAGUCCUAGUAUUCCAACCCACCGUCGAGUUUGAGCAGGCCGUUGAGCUGGACAAUGGAACAGUUCCGGGCGAUCACCUGGGAGCCGCUGGCUUGGGCUCGCACUUGUUUGCCCAUCAGUUUCGCCACUGGUCCUGGGUGCAGCGUCAGAAUGGUGGAAAAUCGGCAGCAGCAAGGGAGAGGGCGAAAAAACCAGUCCGCAAGCGGGCAACUAUUAUGCGUCUGAAGAUAGGUCCCCGGCUAGCGGUACGCAAAACACGCGAGCUGUCUGCCGCUAAGACAACCAAGAACAAGUCGAGCGGUCCGCGCGAUGACGUCGACCGGGAUGCCUUGCGAAAUAUGCGCACACUACGUGUCAAAUGGGCGCCUGAGGAGGAUCGGCUGCUCAAGAUGGGCCGGGCCGUCUACAUGUUCAUAGACGCACCCACGAUGACCCUGACCUUGUGCGAUUUGGCCCUCGUCUGCCGGGAUUUAAUACGCCGCUGGUUGGGCAUAUGCAACAAGACCACACAGGCGUGCGUACGCCGCGUGCAGUUCUUGGUCAAGAUGAGGCGGGACAUCCCGGAUGUGCCCGGUUGGAUCUAUGCGAUGCAGACGCAGCCUCAGUUUUCUACGGUCUACAACGAUCGCUUCCUGAGUCAGUUGAAGCGAGACUAUCCCAACAAAGCCGAUUUCCAAGGGGCGUUGAUGGUUCAUUUUGCCCUCAUGAUGGCCAAGCUGCAGCGGAUGGUCGCAAAAUCGCAAGGUUCUGUCACCAGACAGUUCCUACUGCCAGACUCCUUGGACGCAUUCGGCAACCAACUACGCGAGUGUCGGUCAGCGCACGAGGAGCAGCAGUUGCUCUUCCAGGACCCCGCUACGGAAACGGACCUUCAGGUGGCGGUGGCCCACGGAGUGUUGCACAGCAACAUAUGCUGCGCCAAGGACAAGACGUUGCUGAACCUGCAGACGUUCGAGAUCUACAAACACUUCUCCGAGGAAGUACUGAACUCAGCCUUUAACAAGGCGCGGGCGGACUCGUUGCUGGUGGCGGUGAAGAGGCGCAAUAUCCAGUCGGCGGCCAGCCGGCAGAUAACAGGACCUGGACACCUACUCAGCUCCAAGUACAAGUACCGCCUGACUUACACUAAGCUGACGCACUUCGUCUACGACGGCUAUUUUGCUUUGGAUAAGCAGCUACGGGAGGACCAGGAGCAACAGCUUGCCUCGCCACACUUCGCCCAACUCCUGGUGAUGGGCGAGUGGUUGUCGGAGAACCGGCUUCGCCUUUCGCUGCAGCUCCCAGCAAACAUCUUGACUGUGGACACUUCCACCAUGGGUCGGCAAAGUGGCUCUUCCUCGGAUCGCAUUCUGGAUCACUACAGCUGCAUCUUUGAUAACGCUCCGCACACCGAGUACUCUAAGCGGCUUGAGGGCGAAAGCAGUGCCCGUCAUGCGUCACGUGUUCGCUUCCAUCCCGCCAACCUGAGCUUCCGACUCCCGGCCAGUGCGUAUAACCAGCUCUCUAAGCUGCCCUUGCGUGCCAUGCACUUCUUCUGUGCUUUGGAUGCUUUGAGUGAGGCCAUCUCUAUAAGUCAGGCGCGUUUGGAGCAAGGAGACUGUCCCUUCACCAACUGCAUCAUGCGCAGCGGCAACUACCUGAACGCUGUGGAGCGGAUAGCCCACGAGCAAAGACCCAUUCUGCGGCAACUGGUUGCUGAUGCUCUGCCCUCAUCGCAGCAAUUCCAACUGGAAUCUCACCCGGCUGGCACACCGCUCACUCUGAACAUCUCGAAUCUCCUGCCAUUUGCCCAGCAAUUGGAGGCUUACUGGCGGGGACACCAGCAGGCGAUGGAAGUCAAGGAUUUGGGAAAACAGUUGGCUGAGAAAACUCUGCACAAACUCACCGACUGGCGGUCCAUUUGUGCAGAGCUGCUCGACGACGAGCCACAUUCCUGGGAAGCGGAUCGCGUUCAGGAAUACGAGCCGGCACUGAACAAAGAAGAGCGGGCCCGAGCGCAAGAUGUUUUCGUAGUCCAUUUGCCCACCAUCAGCAUGAAGGUCUUGGAACGACCAGAAGGCAAACAGGCAAUUGACACUCUACGCUCUUCGGUCCUGGACAAGGUGCUCAAGGCAACAUAUUGGCAGUACACGGAGAACACCUUUGAAACCCUUCGGCCCAUCCUCCAUGAAAAGGGAUUCGACGAACGUGCCAUUCGCCACAUGGAGGACAUACUCAAUCACAUUGAACAGCAUACUCUCGGUGUGAAGGGGCUAGAGUUGCGCAGGAUCUUUCCCCUGGGCGACUUCCUGUUGGAAACUCUGCACCUCCUUGCCGACCACGAUCUCGUCAAGCGCGUGGGCAUAGUUAGUCACAUGUACGUCCACAAAAACCACAUACGCAACUGGGUGGUGCACACGUUCCACAUCAAGCGAUUGGAGCGUGAGAAAGUGCAACCGCUGGUGGCGGCGGCUCCGGGAACACUGAUGGCCGUCGUUGGUCACAAGCGUAAACUGGAGGCUCAGGCAACAUCCAGCUCAGUUCCGGAGAAGAAAAUCAAACUUAUUGAACAACAGAGCACAGAGAGUGAAAGCGACGAGGCGGGAGGAUCUGUUGCCAAGCGUCCAAAAAGGGCUACGCGAAAUGAGCCCGCCAUUGAGGUUGCUAAUUCGGCGCUGGAGGCUUCCCGGGAUGCGAUUGCCAUGAGGCCGCAGCCAUGGAUCCGGGUGAAUGCUUCCCUCAACCGCCGUGUCCUCGAUCGCUGGCUGGGCGCCAUCCUUAGCGAGAGCAUCUCUCGGGUCGGCUGCACUGUGCACAGCUUGUUCUUGCGGUUUUCGCACUUGGUGCCGGUGGAUAUUAUGUUCCUUUUGGAACUUCUGCACGAUCUAGGUUGUGUACAACUAAUGGAGAUGCGCCCGCUCAAGGUGCAUGUGGAAUCGCUGCUGGAUGAUGAUGACGCGGAUGGCGAAGAGCAGCCGGUCACAGAGCUCUACGAUCCGAUGCAGACCUACGUUCAAGUGCAUGGCAGUGCUAUCGGUCGGCUUACCAACUUUAUUGGCCUCAAAAAAUACGGCACUGAAUUCAUUUAGGGUUUGUUGAGAUAUAUGACCAUGUUAAGAGUAGAUUAAUCCUGAGCUAAAAUAAUAACUGCACUUAUAUUGUAAGAGACUUUUGAUGAUGACUAGUUUUAAAAACUUCGUUUGAUUGCGCUAUGAAAAUAUAUGGAUUAAAAAAACAUCCUGUUUAAUAUUGACAA